AUGCCGCCGCAGCAAGAAGGAGAAACCGGCUACAUCAGCAAGCCGCUGCCGGGCGGCUGCGAAGUGCCUCCGGUGCCUCCGCGUCGGGUCCGCAGCAGCCGAGCGGCGGCGCUGGGGGCUGCCUUGGGGAGCCGCUGCCGGGCUGGAGCUAGCGGAGGGGCCGGGGCGAUCGGAGCGGAGCCUCGGCGCAGCAUCAAGUGUGUGCUGGUGGGAGACGGCGCGGUGGGUAAAACCAGCCUGGUGGUGAGUUACACCACCAACGGCUACCCGACGGAAUACAUCCCGACCGCCUUCGACAAUUUCUCAGCUGUCGUGUCUGUAGAUGGCCGACCAGUGAGGCUUCAGCUCUGUGACACAGCCGGGCAGGAUGAAUUUGACAAGCUCCGCCCACUGUGCUACACCAACACAGACAUCUUUUUGCUGUGCUUCAGUGUAGUGAGCCCUUCAUCUUUCCAGAACGUGACCGAGAAAUGGGUCCCUGAAAUCCGAUGUCACUGCCCCAAGGCCCCUAUUAUUCUCGUCGGGACCCAAUCGGACCUCCGGGAAGACGUCAAAGUACUAAUUGAGCUUGACAAAUGCAAAGAGAAGCCUGUGGCAGAGGAGGCCGCAAGGCUCUGUGCCGAGGAAAUAAAAGCCGCCUCUUACAUCGAGUGCUCCGCUUUGACUCAGAAAAACCUCAAAGAAGUCUUUGAUGCAGCCAUUGUGGCUGGCAUUCACUACUCGGAUACUCAGCAACAGCCAAAGAAAUCCAAAAACAGGACUCCGGACAAAAUGAAAAACCUCUCCAAGUCCUGGUGGAAAAAAUAUUGUUGUUUUGUAUAGGGUUUUUUUUUUUGCAGUGAAAGCCUUGGAAAUGGCAGUUUGAUCAUUGAGGGUGAUUUGAGGUGACUUUUGCUGAAAAACUCUCUCUAUUCCAGAAUUCACAGUUAAAAUCCACCACUGAACAUGCUGCUAAAAUUAUCUCUUUCCGAUUGAGAUGGGGAUGAGCGUGAGCUGAGAAGCUGAGGUUGACCAAAUUGGGGGGUUUUCCCACUAGUGGUAGUUUCUUUUUAUUGAGGACUGCUGGCCUACACUUUGGUGGAACUGAAAGUUGAAUCAUGAAUUCACUAUAUACAGGUGUAGGAAAGGCUAGAACCUUCUUAGGUUCUCCUAAGAAGUCUACAUGACGACUGUGAGGACUAUCCUACAGUCCAAUUAUUGUUUUGCAGGUGGAUGUCUAAAACUGUGCCUCUUAGGACAUUUGGCUCAAAAUGGAGAAUUUCCCUGCCUGCAUCUGCCUGCCUUUUUAGUAUUGUAGGCUUCAGGAACUCUACAUCACAUUUCUGAAAUGUACAUUGUGUUGCUAAAUUAGCAGAAUCUGCACGUGAAUCUGAUAUAUUUUUCUUAAAAUGAUAUGCCUACUUUAUGCACAGUGUGGGGAAUGCCAUAACAAAUAGAGCAGCUGUGCAAAAUUGUAUCUUCCUUGUAUACCCCAACUGACAGAUCCCUUUUACACCAUGAAAUGUGCAUGCUUGUUGGCUUGGAAAAAGGGGAAAUCAUAUUUUGAAUAGCAAUGGGCUUCUUUUCUAUUUAUAGAGGAUAUAUGACAUCAAAGAUGUAUCAAUAUCUGAAGAAAUAUGGUGCAAAAUGUAGAUAUUGGUGGUCUUGGUGAUUCCUAAUCUGAUGCCAAUCAGUGCAAGCCUGACUUACCUUUGUUCAUUUGUAAUCUAUAACAUGAAGCGUUCUAAGUUGGGAAAAGCUUGUUUAAUUUCACAUGGAAACCUUUUUUCAUAAGAUAAUCUCAACUAAUUUUUAGUCUUCUUUGCUGAACCGGGUAUCACAAUACUGUGUCAUUGAAACAAUAUUUGCUCAUAUAAGAUAAACUGGAAAGAAAAAAACUAUUAACUGUUCAAAAUUCCAGAAAGUCUAUUUUUUUAAAAAAAGUCAGGAAAUUUAAUCUAAGCAAAUGUGCAUAGUGUUGGGAAUUGACUUUCAUUCAAAAGAUGCCAAAUCUUUUACUGGCAAUGUUCGUGUAGCAAUAAAUGACGGCAAAUGCUGGUUUACCAGUGCUCUUAAGUACUUGGAGGACAUGCUUUUGUACCAGUUUUAUUCAGUCUUCCAUAUUUGAAUAAACCGAACAUUGGCUAAAUGCCACCUAUUUUCGUGGCUUGGGUGAGUUUUUAGGACCAUGCAAAGAAUAACAAAAGCAAAACAGCUUUUCUUUGCAAUAGAUUAAACUAAACUGUGUCUGAACUGUUGUAGAUUUAUUAUGUAAUUGCACAUCUGUUUUGGGGAUUCCUGUUCUAAUUAAGUAAUGCAAUACAGAGAUUAAUUUAAACUAUAACUGGGCUACUUUAGUAGCUUGAUUUUUCUGUCUAAUUUUCCUUCCUUGCUUUUAUGUAGCUCUUUGCAUUUAUAAUAUGAUCAGCCUAUGUUUGAACUUAAGAAAUAAUUAUCAUUCCUGGAUGAACCUUGGUUUCAAGUGUUCUUUCUCCAUGUGGCUCUUUUUUAUAUAUAGAUAGAUAUCAUGUGCUAGGAUAAAAUAACCCAAGUAUUAACUUUCAUUUUUAAACUAACUACAUUUCACUAUAACAUCUGACUGUGGGAAUUCUAAAUUUUAAAAGCAGAUUUUUAAAUGCCAGGAACAAAACAUAAUUGCUGAUCUAUGUUGGAAUAGAUCAAAAAUAUUUUGUUUAAAAAAAUUCACACUAUAGGAUCAUUAGCACACCAUGGCUGGUGCUAACCAUAGCUUAGAUUGAAUGAAUCUUUGGGAUAUCUCCCUUCUACAAAUCACCAGCAAUUUAUUUUGCAUCACUUGUAUCAUGCAAAAUUAAUAUGAAGGCUACCUCAUAUCAGAUGUCAAGAGAGAGAACCAAGAUUCAACCAGGAUCAGAGAUGCUGAAUCAUUGUGACUGCAUCCCAACAAGAAUUUCUGCAUCACACUAAACAACUCUUUUAUGAAUAUCAGGAUAAUAAUUUGUCAUCCCGUAUCUUUAUGCUUAUUUUACCACUAUACAGAUUCUCUUCUGCUGCAUUGUAGUUUUGUUUAUUUUGGAUUUCAUAUAAUGCAUGGCCAGUCAUUUGGGUUAAGAGUUUUGGGACUAUUGGGACUUGUUCAACAAAAGGUGUCUAGCACGUUGCCUGAAUUGCAGCAUUGCAAUCAGAGGCCCACAUCAAAUGAAUAUUCUAUGCAUCUGAUGAAAUGAAGGUAAUUGACAAAUCAAAUCAUUUUUUAAUCCCUGAGUAUCUUUGUGAUUAUUCUGCAGCAAACUCACAUGGCUACUCUACGUAGAGGAAUGCUGGUUUCUUUUCACUAAGUGUACUUGCAUUGCUAUCAGAGGAACUGUAGAUAAUUGAAGAUUACAAAAGUGAUGCUUUGAUUUCCUCCUGACACAUAAUUGUUGGUGUUGAUACUUCCACAUUCCUAUUGUGUCUGAAUUCGCCUCACUGGGGUCCAUAGUUAUAAUCUGAGAAGCCCAAUGAAUAAAACUGAUAUGAGAUCCCUGUGGAUGGCUACCAAAUUUUUCUUAAGUCUUGUGUAUGAAAAAUGCCAGUUGGAUGCCAAAUGGAAAAUUCCCAGUUACCCGAUGGUCCAGGUGCUGAAAACCUUUGCUCUCUAGGAAUCCAUUUUCUCUCAACUUUGGGAUGAGUAGUUGCCUACAAAAUUGGUUAAAGAUGUUGAGGUUUUAAAAAACUGAUCAGGAUGUGCCUCUUAUUGUAAAGUCAUGACUCUAACUCUUUUAAUGGAGAAAUAAUGAAGUGCAUAUAGUAAUCACAUAUACAAAUUAGAAAAAAAAGGGGGGGGAAGAAUUCCUUUUGGGUUGUUUUUCACUGCUAGUGUCACUUAGACUUUGAAUUUUCUCUGCCUCACUUGUGCUAUGCAAUAGCCUGUCUAACCUUUUACCUGCCAGCUAUCCUGGACUAUAACCAUCAGCAUUCACAGCGGCUAGGAAGGCUCUGAGUCAUAGUCUAAUGUAAUCUGAAGGGCACAGACUAAGCAAACUGCUUUACAAUAUCCUCUUUUCACCCAUUUAUAUACAUGCAGCAGAAGGAAAAAAAUAGAUGUGUGGUCAUCUUUAUAGAUAAUAAGUGAAAGACGGCAGCGAUAUCUAACGGUGUGACUAAGUCUGGCUAAAGAGCAGUUCUCUGGACCCACCAGGCUCUCUGUCCUGUCUUGCAUCAAUUGAUUGGUGGUUUGUUUUUUUUAAUGGGAAACUGGCAAAAGUACCAACUUUUGGCACCCUCAGAAUUUAGAACACUGUCUUUGGAGACUACAGACGUUCAAAAAUAAAGAUGAUAGCUGUCGGUAGUUGAGGACAUUUGUUCUUGCCUCUAAAAUUAAAAAAAAGGGGUAGGAUAAAAGAAAAUUCUUUUGCCUCCUAUCUUUCAUCCCCUAUUUCCUGGUCCUGGUUUGGCUCAAAUUCUCUCC